GGCAACGAGGUUAUGGAUGUUUGUAUGAUAGAUGUCUUCAGCCCAUGAAACAUUUCGUGUUGUCACUGAAUGUGUUUACUUUUGGAUGUUGUAAUGGUCUGAACGAUUUUGAGGUUGACAUGUGCAACUACCAGAGGACUGAGAGACUCUCACCACACCGGAACGUACGGGUAUCAUACUUCUGCCUUGGAAUAGAUCCAAAGUUCACUGGUAGUACUUUGACGUUUUAUCUCCUCUUCUCUCAUACAUACCUCUACGGUUUCAUACCUCUUGCUCUCCAAUUCUCCCGAUCUUCCAGCCACCACUCCGCACCACCCACCAAAAUGGCGCUCAAUCGGAAUCAUACCCUCUACACAAGGAUGCUUGCAACUUCUCAAAACGACCCACGUACCCGCAUCAAAGAACCCACCUAGCUGGGUCUUUGUUCUCUUCCGCAUCCCUUCCCAUCCCCAUGCCAUCACGUACCAACUCCAAAUUCACACAACGCUCAUCUAUGUUCAGCUGAACUGAGCUGAGCUCAUUUCAGAUCCGGCCUGGUAAUAGGGGCGUGUUGACUCACACCCGUUUUACCACGUAGACUUCCAUAUCUGCAUCUGCAUUACUCAUUGCCUACUACCACAUGCACGACUUCACUCUAUCUAACACUUCUACCACUUCAUGAUUCCCAUUUACACCGUUUUUUUAAUUACUGUCUCUUUCAUCGCCACGUCACUACCAGGAUCCAAAUCCAAAGUCUUCACACAAAACAUCACAUCCCCCCC